CGCCUUCUCGCCCCCUUUGGAUAGAGAGAGGGAGAGAGAGAGCCCAAGCACCGCCCCGUGUAUUCUUGCUGUUGCUUAAUAUACAUCUGUUCGGUGUUUACUUGUGUCGGUAAUGGUGUCCUGUGGGAUACUCUCGCAUUUAUUCUUUCUUUGCUCCUUCUCGAAUUCCGCGGGUGGCUAUAAUUGGGUGUUAACAACCUUGACAAAGACAUGGACAUGGACAACAAUAGGGACAAGGACAGGCAUACGGAUGCUGAUAACCAUGUCAUGCACGAUUCUCAUGACGAAUACGGUGCUCAGAAGGCUAUGCUACCAUCACACUCGCAUCGUGGAUCAAACACCCGUCGUGGCGCCAACGCCAACGCCAACCCUGCCGACCAAGAAGAAGGAGAAGAAGACGAAGACGACGAGAACCUAGCAGAAGAUCAACAGCUCCUGCUGCCUCAUCACCACCACACCUCUCCUUCUUCUUCUUUUUCUUCUUCCAACAUCCAGUCGUCCAUCUCUGUCCAGAAUUACUCGGAACCGCAUCGACCUAUGACUUGCUCACGGUCACCUCCAUCGUCUACACCCUACACACAAGAAUCUCAGAUGCGGUAUCCACCACCUCCGCUUUCGCAGGAUCAGGAACCAAUUCCACACAAUUAUACGACGGCGUCCAAGAAACCUUGGUCAAACAUGUUUUCGAGGCUCCUUCCCGGAUCUUCUUCCUCUUCUUCUUCUGCUUCAGCAUCAGGAUCUUUAGAUCGCCAGGCACUCGCGUCCAGAAUCGACCACGACUCGGACUCGGACUCGGACCGGGACGAUGACCAUCAUCAUCAUCGUACAGAUCAUGUCGCCCUCACCAUGCCCACCUCAACCCCCGCUCUCGGCGACUCGGCCUCCGGUAACGGUAGCGACUCUGAAGAACGGCGCUGCCGAAUCUGUCUCGAAACCGACGACGACAAGGAUUCCGAAUCCGGUCAAUUAAUCUCCCCCUGUCUCUGCAAAGGCUCCUCCCGAUACAUCCAUCUCGGCUGCCUCGAGAAAUGGCGUGCCCUCUCCCCGCGCAAGGAAUCUGCGUUCCAAUGCGAUACCUGUCAUUAUACCUACUCCUUCUCCCGUCCCUGGAUGGCGAAUGUACUCGGACACGCUUGGUUCUUGCAUAUCAUCACGGGAAUUAUGUUUGCCACCGUAUGCUAUACAGCCGCCUGGGGUGGGAGGGAACUUAAUCAGAAUGGGGUCUGGGAAUGGAAACGUAUUUUCAUCGAUGACCCGCAUCGCGAGACGACGACGGCGUUUGGACUGGACUGGAUGGAUCUCGUAUGGGGGUUCGCCGUCGUCGCAGGAUUCGGGCUCGUUUUUCUGAUGGUCGGGGGGUGUACGUAUCUGUGUGGAGAGGAUGAGCGUGAUGGUGCUGGGGGGUGUGAUUGUAGGUGCGUGGGUUGUGGACCUUUCUAUCUCGGAGAAUGUGGAGCCGCUUCCGGAGGGGAAGGGUUGCUGAUCAUCUUCUUGGUCAUUGCUUUCUUGGCUGGAAUAUUCGGUGCGUUCGUGGGGAUAUACCUGCUUAUGGCUAGGUUUAACAGCCGAGCGCUUGAAUCGAUGAAAGAGACUAUUCUUGAGGUCAAAUAAGGGUCCCACAAGAGCCUUCUUUAUCGCCCCCUCAUCAUAGCCAUGCAAUGCAAUGCAUUGCAUUGCAUUUUUGUACAAAUAUACUUAUUAUCUUCUUUCGUUUAUGAUCGUCUU